UUCUGUCAAGUCGGAAAGUGUUGAAAAUUUCAUUUUAAUAAAUCUGAAAUAUUACCCGCAUUCAAGUUAAAUAAAUUUUCUGUAAAAAACCAAAUGAUUGGCUCAAAAGAAAAUAAAAGCAGGGAUCAAUCGCCACCCUGUAUAGUACCCCAUAAUUCCAUCGUCAAUUUUGGACGCCAAAGAGGAGGUGGCCUUCAAGUUAUGGAAAAUUCUGCAGACCAAUUGAAGUCAAUUUCCAGUAGCUGUCCCCAUUGUCAAAAUAUGGCCAAGAAUUUCCUAUAUCUGGAAAGUCUAAUACGGACAAAUUGCAAUAGUAAACGCAAACAUUGUAGCAUCUGCAACUCAUCUUUGGCAUACCUUGAAUAUGUGAACAAGGAUAUUUUAGAAGCUUUUGGAAAUUUUGAUUCAAUAUCUCAAGCUUCCAAGGCCUUUGAGAAUUCAAAGAAGCUAAGUGUCAAAGGGAAACGUGAAAACGCAAUUAAGCCUAAAAUUAUUCAUCCUCAGCCUACAAGCAUAGAGGGUACCGAAAAGGGAAAGUUAGGUGGCAUCAAGACGAAGAAGAAGCCAUCGAACAACAUGAAGACAUUUCAUACUCGUCUUAGUGCAAGUGGCCUAACAUUAAAAGAACUUGCGGGGAAAAGAUCAAUGAGAAAGCUCAAACACAGAAAAGCCUUGUCAAAGAGUUUCGUUAAAAGUGAAGAAUCUCAACCCCCAAAGAAAGCUAGUUUGGGCAAAAGGAAAAGAGCUCAUAAGCAACGGAAACCCAUAAUUUAUGAUAUUGUAUCAACAUAAAAAAUUCUUGUUAUUUUUUGGAUUUUUUUUGGAGCAAAAUAAAAUUCUAAAGAUA